GCAAUUUUUAUUUGUUAUGAAACCCAGCUUUACCCAAAGCCUAACUUUUACUUUCGAUAUUCACACGUGUAAACGGUGUAUAUUUUAUGAUUUCAUCAUGAGGAUAAACGUGCUUUGAAGUAGAACUUUACUACAUGUACCAAUCUAAUUUCGUUGUAACUUGGUGCAGCCAUGUUUGUCCUUGCGGAGAUGAAGGACACUGUCCGGAUUCCACCCUGGCUGUUCCACAUCAAGUUCAAUGACGCAGUCAUAGAGGCCCUCAACAAGAAACUGGCCAACAAGGUUGUUCACAAUGUGGGUUUGUGCAUUGCUUUAUGGGAUGUCACAAAGCUGGAAGACAGUUAUAUUUUUCCAGGGGAUGGAGCCUCCCAUACUAUUGUGAACUUCAGAUAUGUUGUUUUUCGACCAUUUAUGGAUGAAAUAUUGACCGGCAAGACGAAAAGCUGCAGUAAAGAAGGAGUCUAUGUUUCAAUCGGAAUAUUCGAUGACAUUCUUAUCCCAGCAGAUGCCAUGCAGCACCCUUCCAGAUUUGAUGACAAGGAACAGCUGUGGGCAUGGGAGUAUGAAACUGACGACGGUAAACAUGACCUGUUCAUGGACAUUGGAGAGGAGAUCAGAUUCCGUGUAGUAGAUGAAAUAUUUGUGGACACGACUCCAUCUGGCCCAGACGGAACAGCAAAUCAGCCAUCAGAAAUAUCAGACACAGAAUCCAAGAAAACCCCAUAUACCAUAGUGGGCUCCAUAAGUGAACCUGGCCUGGGACUGCUUUCAUGGUGGAACUCAUGACAUUUUCCCCAUCCGUGAACUGCAUCAUGGGAAUCAGACGACAUGCAUUUCAGCCUCGGAAAAAUAAUUCCACAGAAUUUUUUUUGUUCGUUUACUCAUGUUUGUAUUGAAAGAAUGAAAAUCAAUUAAAUGGUAGGAAAAAAAUGUUGAAUUUUCUUUCAUUGUUAAUUAAAGAGAUAAUUGAAAUAUUG